ACUACCAAAGCACUUCCUGGUUUGGAAUGGCCGACUUGAUGACAAUAGUGAUAAACUCGCGAGAUAACUUCUUUUCGUUCGUUUUGUUGAACUUGUACAACGAGUCGUAUUUGUCGCUACAAUGCCGGGUGGGGAUAAAGAGACCGACCUGACCGAGAGAGUCGAGGCCUUUUUGUUCGACCUGAAGCGAAGCGGGAGCGGGGCCGGACCUCUGCGGAGCUCCGCGGAGACGGCCCGAGAAACGGCCUCGUUGCUCCGCAGGAUCACGUCGCAGGCUCGGUGGACCACCGCAGGCGAGCUGAUGGAAAUCAUUCGCAAGGAGGGCCGGCGGAUGGCCGCCGCCCAACCGUCGGAGACCACCGUGGGGAACAUGAUCAGACGAGUGCUCAAGAUUAUCAGAGAGGAGUACACAAGGUCUCGGGGCGGCGGCGAGGAGCUGGACCAGCAGGACUCCCUCCACAAGUGGCUGACGACGGGAGCGCUGAGCGAGGAGAACUUCUACCAGUAUUUUGCCCCCCUAAAAGCCAACGUCAUCGAGGCCAUCAACGAGCUGCUGAUGGAGCUGGAAGGGACGACGGACAACAUCGCCAUGCAGGCUCUGGAGCACAUCCACUCCAACGAGGUCAUCAUGACCAUCGGCCGCUCUCGCACCGUCGAGGCCUUCCUCAAGGACGCCGCUCGCAAACGCAAGUUCCACGUCAUUGUCGCCGAGUGCGCCCCCUUCUGCUUGGGGCACAAGAUGGCCACCAGUCUGUCGGAAGCCGGCAUUGAAACGACGGUGAUCUCGGACGCCGCCAUAUUCGCCGUCAUCUCUCGCGUCAACAAGGUCAUCAUCGGGACGCAGACGGUGCUCGCCGACGGAGGCCUGCGGGCCGUCACCGGCACGUACACGCUGGCCCUGGCCGCCAAGUACCACACCACGCCGGUCAUCGUCUGCACGCCCAUGUUCAAGCUCUCGCCCCAGUUCCACAAUGAGGAGAACACCUUCCAUAAGUUUGUCUCCCCGCAUGAAGCGCUUCCGUUCACCGAAGGGGAGAUCCUGUCCAAGGUGAACGUCCACUGUCCCGUCUUCGACUACGUCCCCCCGAAGCUCAUCACGCUCUUCAUCUCCAACUUCGGCGGACACGCGCCCUCCUACGUUUACCGCCUGGUCAGCGAACUCUACCACCCCGAGGAUCACGAAUUGUAAUCGGUCAGAUUGAAAAAAGAAAAGGAAACAAGCCA